AUGUCAACACCCACGUUGCAAAAAUUUGCAGUUAAAAUUCUUAGCUUGACUUGUAGUUCAUCUGGGUGUGAACGUAAUUGGAGUGUGUUUGAAAAUCUUCAUACUAAACGAAGAAACAGGCUUGAUCAACUUCGUUUAAACGACUUGGUGUUUGUGAAAUACAAUAGAGCAUUGAGGCGUCGGUAUCAAAUGCGUGAUACCAUUGACCCUAUCAUAUUGACUGACAUUGAUGAAAGCAAUGAAUGGUUGACUGGAAAACUUGAUGAGGAGAAUGAUAAAGAUGAUGAAACUGUUUUUCCAGAUGACGUUGGGGAUGGGUUGACAUGGAGUAAUGUUGCUGCGGCUGCAGGAGUUGGAGAGCCUAGUUAUCAAUUUAGAACUAAACAAACUCGAUUACAAUUGGGAUCAACUUCGGCUUCGACUUCAAAGCGGCAAGUAAAUCAGGAGAUUGAAGAGGAGGAGGAAAGUGAGGCAGGGACCGAAGAUGAUGAAGACUUGGAAGAGGGAGAAGAAUUGAGAGAUGAAGAAGAAGAUGAAUGGGUGAUUGAAGGGGAUGAUGAAGAUAUUGAUCUUGAUGUUGAUGAUCUCCUUGAUGAUGAUCGAUUAAAAACUUCUUUAUAUUGA